UUGAGUUGUCCAAGUGGCUGCAAGUUUUGAUGUUGUGAUAUAGAAACGUCAAAAUGUGAAUUCUAAGCGAAGUUUAAAGCCACUAGUUGUAUUUCAAGGUGUUUUUGUAGUUUACAAAUUCCGUUUUAUACGCUUUAUAAUGGGGUCUUCGACGCAAGAAGCAUGCUAUUUAGCGCUUCUUGCUUUAGCAGAAGAAUUUCGUACGAUGAAUCCACCAAACAUUCGAAACUGUAUCCAGUGCUUGUGUGCGAUUUUUAAUUUGAAACAACCACCAAAAAUUGAAGCGAGAACUCAUUUGCAACUUGGAAAUAUAUUGCUUCAACAUACCAAAAAUACAGAUCUUGCCCAGUCUCACCUAGAAAAAGCAUGGUACUUAUCACAAAAUCUAGCGGGUUUUGAUGAUGUCAAGUUUGAAGCUGCCAGUGUUUUGGCUGACUUAUAUGAAAAGAAGAAUCAAAUGCACAUGGCCAAAUCUAUGGUUGGUAAAGCUGUGGAAAUAUCUCAGCAGUCUCCAUUUUGGCAUUCUAGGCUUCUAUUUCAACUUGCACAUUUUCAUGCAAGUGAAAAAGAAUAUGCAGCAGCCUGCAGUGUAUUAGGCGUUGGAGCUGAAUUUGCUCACAUUUCUGGAGCUCAGUAUACUCGUAUACUUUUCUUGCUGAGCAAAGGGAUGCUCCUGAUGAUUGAUCGAAAGCUCCAAGAGGUCCACCAGGUGCUCACACUAGCUGGGCAGUUAGUGGAAGCUUGGCAGGGAAGCACUGCCCAGAAAGAGGCCCUCAAGGUGUUUUUCCUGGUUUUACAAGUUUGCCAUUACCUUACAGCUGGACAGGUUAAAAGUGUAAAACCUUGUCUGAAGCAGUUGCAGCAAGGCAUUCAAACAAUUACAUCAUUACAUGCUGAUGAGGAAGUUAUUCCUACUAACCCAGGUGACAUGUUUCAAUGGAUGCCCAAGGAGCAUAUGUGUGUCUUGGUAUAUUUGGUUACAGUCUUGCAUUCAAUGCAGGCUGGUUAUAUGGAUAAGGCUCAGAAAUAUACUGAUAAAGCCUUAAUGCAAAUUGAGAAGCUAAAAAUGAUUGACAGUCAUCCAAUUCUGCAUUCUUUCCAAUUGUUACUUUUGGAGCACAUCGCAAUGUGUAGACUUGUAAUGGGCAAUAAAACACUGGCAAUCCAAGAGGCUUCCCAUGCCCUACAAAUAUGCAAACAAGAGCCAAGACUUUUUGUUCGGCACCGGCCACAGAUUAAUGCCUUGCUGGGUUUGUAUGCUAUGUCAAUGAAUUGUAUGGAAGCUGCUGAAGCUCAGUUUGGGACAGUAGUGAGAAGCAAUGCUACCAGCGAGUUGCGUAUUCUUGCCAGUCUUAACCUGGCUAUAGUAUACCUUAGAAGCAAGCGGGAUCAUGAAUUAGUUGAGUUAUUGUCUCGACUAAAUCCAGAAACAUUACCUUUAGUAUCUCAUAGCUUAAGAGCUGCUGCUUAUUAUGUUCAUGGUUUGAAUGCAUUCUUCCAAGCUCGUUAUAAUGAUGCAAAACGCUACUUAAGAGAAACUUUGAAGAUGGCGAAUGCUGAAGACUUAAAUCGGCUAACAUCUUGUUCAUUGGUUCUGUUGGGACAUAUUUUCUUCUCACUUGGAAAUAGCAGAGAAAGUAUGAAUAUGGUAACACCAGCUAUGCAACUUGCCAGUAAAAUUCCAGAUGUUCAUGUUCAACUCUGGGCUUCGGCUCUUUUAAAAGAUCUGUAUCGUCUCACUGGAGACAUGUUACGUGAACAAGAGGCCAUUCAAACUCAUAGCAAUUUUUCACAACUUUUGUUAAAAGAUCAUUUUCAGGCAUCUCAACUUCCUGAGCACAGUUUAAUACAGUGGAUUGAAGGUGAUCCACCUCUUCUACCCGUGCAACCUCAAACUCCUGCCACAUCUCUUCUGUGAAGAACACAAACAUGUGGAUCUCUGAUGUGCCUUGUGAAUGUUUUCCAUCGUAAGACUAACAAGCACAAAUGUUCAUUUUUCAUCUCUGAUUAGCCAUUAUUUGUAAAAUCUCACUCAUCAGAAACUAUCCAAAUGAACUUACCAUGCUUGAUUUUACCAAGCAGCAUUUCUCUACCAUUUCUGUAUCCCUCCUUGGCAAGAAUGGAUCCUUCAUUUUGCUUCCCUGUAUAGUUGCAUCUAAUAGCAUGAAAAUAAGGACUUUUAUCAUUUUUUAAACAUUUUUAUUUUCAUAUGAUAUCAAAGCUUAUUGUUUAUUUAAAACAAUAUAUUCUAAUUUUUAUUGAAAUGUAAACAUAGCAGAUUAUAUUUUUUCAGUGAUUUUUGUUACUAUUGUAGCAUAAAAUAUAUGUAUUUUCCACUUACCUGUAAUAUUUAAAUAUCUCUGUACUAUAGGCGCCAUUAGCGUUUCACAUUUGCUUAUACCUAAAUUAUUUUAAAGAUUGUGUGUGUUGUGUAUUUUAAAAUAUCUGUGUAUUUUUAAUAAUAAUUCCCUUUUAAGUAGUUUUGGUAUAAAAUUAAAAGUUCUUAAAAUCUAAAAAGAAAUUUUUUUUGUUAAUAUUAUGGGUUGUGAAGACAGAAAUAUUCAUUCAAUAAAUUUCUUUGACAGUUGAAUUCAAAAUUGCAAUACUAUUUUGGUUAUAAUGUUUUCACUGUAAUAUUUAAUGAAUUCUAUAUUAGUAUUUAAUGCUUGGAUUUAAACUUGCUAAAAAUCUAUAAGAGUAAUCUUUAACUAUUAAAAAUAAAGUGUCAAGCUAUUAAAUUUAAAAGAAAUCUAUAUGUUGUCAUACACUAUAGUGUUGUUAGCAUGAUAGCAUAAUCAUGAUAUUUUUAUGUUUUCAUUUAUAUCUGCAGCAGAGGUUCGAAUACAACAAUUUCUUUUCCGUAACAAUUUGUAAUAUGUUAAGCAUAAAGUAUGUUGUGUGUACAAAUGUUUAAAAAUAAUUGAACAGAAAUUAUAAUUAUUGUAUAUACUUUUUAAUUAUUGGAUAUUCAGUCCAUUUUAGUAUUUAUUAAUUAAAAAUUAUCAUUAAAAUUAAAAAUAAUUUAUAUUUAUACAUGUUUUUUUCCUUUCUAUGUGAAUUAUAGUUUUCUUUUGGUGCCUGAAAUUUUAGUAUAUAUUUUAUUUCUAUUCAUUUCUUAAAAUUUUAAGUCUGAACCUUAAUAUCAGAUACAUUGCAUUGUCAAAACUAAGAGAUAACUGAAUAUGAUAAACAAUAUUAUCAUAUUCAGUUAAAAUAUUAUCGCAGUCAUACCACUGGUGCCUGAAACCUUCAAUAAAUGUUUUGGAAUGAAAAUAUAAAGUUUGAAAUAUAUGUAUCCAUUAAUAAAACAAUAGUAACAAUAGAAAAUACAUUUAAUGAAACACUUGUAAGAAAUUUGAUGAUAUUGGGAAGCAUUUAUUACUUUUAGGUAGUGGGAAGUCAUGCAAUAAAACUAUGUUAAUACUUCUACUAGUUAAGUCAUCUUAAACAAAACAUUGUCAGAUUUUUUUUUACAAACUUUGCUGCAGAAAUAGAUUUUUAUUAAAUCAAAACUUUUUUUUUUACUGUUAAGUGCCUAUGAGGUCAAGAAAUGCUUUUUAGAUAUUAGUACUUUUUCUCUUUAAGGUAAUUUGUGAGCAAUCAUUUAAAAAGAAAAAAAUUGAUUGCAUUAUUAAUUCUAAAAUUUUAAUAUGUAUAGUAUUUUAAAAAGCUCCUCCCGCAGAAUCCUUUGUAUUUUGCAUAUAUAAAACAAUUGACAAAAAUUAGUGCAAUGUUUAAAAAAAAAAGUUGAAAAUACUCUUUAAAAAAUUUAAUUUUGUGGAGGUUUGUGAUUUUAAUCUAUACAGUUAGUGAGACUUGAAUAUUUUCACUGAUUUGAAAUUUGCCACCUUAUAAAAAUGCCAUUUAGUAGAAUUUAAAUUUCUAAUGAAAUUAGACUGUUUAUUUCGGUUCUAAUUUUACAUUAAAUUCAUUAUUAUGAUAAUAAAUAUAUAUCAAUAUUGGGUUGAAGCAUAUCAACAUAGCACAAAGCACUGUUUUGUUUAAUAAGAUAUAUAAUAUUUAAUUUUCCUUUCAUGAAAAUAAAUUUCCAAAGAAGAGAUAAAUAUUUCCAUUUGAUCACCUAUGAGGUUGUGCCACAUCACAUGUAAAUAAUAAAUGAGCACAUUUCUUUUUGGUAGAUCUUUGUGCUAAUUAAUGAAUGUGCAUUUUUAUUGUAACUGUGUAUGUUACAAAAUCAUUUGAAUUUUCUUUGCUUGAUCUUGUUGAAUGUUUUUGUUAGCAUCAUCAAGUUUAGUGUUUUUAUCAUAGUCGAUCCUUUAUGGCAUAUAUUUUAAGUUAUUUUGAAAGUUCAGUUUAUUGUUAUUGUUCUAAAGUUUUGUAAUGUUUCUUGCAUUGAAUUUUAGAAUUUUGUUGCAUUAUUUUGAAUUUCUUUGAUGGUUUGAGAUUUUUUAUUUGUAUUAAAAUGCAUAAAUGUUAUGUAUAUAUGACUGUAGCUUCGAACGGUAUUGUAUAAAAAGUAGAAAUAGGGCUCGAAGCAAUAUCUGGAUAUCAUUGUGUAUAUAAAAACAAAUAUAUUUAUGUAUUAAAAUUGCAGAAACAUGAAUUACUUUCUUCCUGAAAUUUCAUAUUUGUGUCAUAAUAAUCAUUGUUUAGCCGCACCUUCAAUCUAAUAUACAUAAGCAUUGAAAACAUAUUGACUCAUAUGAUUUUGUUACUGUUGUUUUCAUAUCAUCAUAAUUGUGCUGUAAGAUUUUAUUAGUUUGUGGUGUAUCAAAAUUUUUUAUUUCUUUCUUCUUUUUUUUUAAUGCAUUUUUUCCUUCAUUUUUAUUGUUUAUCUUCUUAAAAUUAUGAGAAUUUACCAAAUUUCUUUUUAAACUAAUUUUAGGAGCUAUUAAAUUAAAUUUGGAUUUGUGAAUUUCUUCUUAAUUCUCAAUUCAUAAAAAUUCAGAUCUCACCUUUUAACAAAGAUUUUUACUAAUUGCAAAUUUUAUUAAUCUCAUUAACUGAAAGAAAGAUUUAUAAAACCAUAUUAAGAAAUUGCAGAUUUUGUUUUAUUAUUCAAAUGCAUAAUUUCAAAUUGAAGCCUUUCAUUUUUAUUUGGCAUGAUUAUGAAAAAUUAUUUAAUAAACAAAUGUAAAUAAAUAUAUAUUAAACAUUUGAAUGUGAAGAGUGUCAACUGUUCUCCUUAGCUGUUUGUAAUUACAUUAAUAUUCAAACAAUCAGUAUUUAAUCUUGAAAUUUGACUGCUUGUCUAAAUAUUGAAUAGAAUAAUUCGGCAAAUUAUUUUAACUAAGGACCAACCAAUCUUAUGUAAAUAAUUUAUUUUUUAUCAAUUCUGGCUUUACAAUCAUGUUUGGGCACAAUGAAAUUUUGUCAGACAUGGCAGUUUUCGAAUCAGCCUAUUUCCUUCUAAAUAGGUAUAGUAGAUAUCUGAUAAACAAACAUUUUAUUUUUUAUUCUAAUGUUAUUUUCUAAAGAUGAGUGAAGUUGACGUUAAUGUAUUUCAAGAUAAUAAACACAUAUUCAAUGUAAAAGACGUAAGAUGCGUGCAUCAUUAUUAUUUAAUAAUUUAGAAUUUUAGGAAGAAUAUAUACUUUUUCAAAAACAGACUCCCUAGUAUAUGCGUAUUGAUUUUUAAUUUUAAAGUGUGUAAUUUUACUGUCGAUUUAUUUACUCAUGUUUCAUGCAUAGUUUUUAAACAUUUUUUACCUUCAUAGUAUUUUAUUGGCUUAUUACAUAAAGAAUUGCGCUUGUAUAUAUUAAGAUUUUAAUUCUCUCUUAAAUCUGUAGACCGAUUGUGUAGUAAUUUUGAUGGGACCAUUUAAAUGAAAGUUACAGAAGUAGCCAAUGCACAUUCUUCUCUCCCCCCCCCCUUAUCCUUAAAUCUCAAGUUUUGUUCAGAAAUUAUUAACUAUUAAUUAGAUUUAAUAUUUAAAUUGAAGUUUUAAAAAAACUAUUUAUCUCAUGUUAUUUAAUGAAUAUUUGAUAACAAAGAAAAUUUUAUUCUUUCAGCGUGGAAUUUCUUUAGCAAGCAUUUUAUCAAGAUUAAACAUUGCUCAGAUUACUAAAUAUGAAUGAUUGAAUUUUAUAUGAUUAAUAAUUAAUUAAAUAAAAAUUGUUUUAAUUGAGAUAUUUUUCUGAACAAGUAAAUGCGUGGUUCUAUAGUCCAUCUUGUCCAGUCAUUGAGUUUGUGGUAGAAUGCCAAUUUUGAGAAGAAAAUUUUCCAAGAAUUCCAAAUUUUCAUGCCAUCUGGAGGUGUGGAAGCUUGGGAAAUUGGAAUGUCAGAUAUCCUUGUUAUUUGAAUGUAAUCCUGAAUUGUUUGUCAUGAAAUAGCUCUUGUGUAACUUCAAAAUGGGAACUUAAUCUUGCUCAUUUCUAUCCACAUUUAGCCUUUGAGGAAUAUAAUUAAUGAAUAAUUUCAAUUAUAUCUAGAAGUUAUAUCUCAUUUUUAAGUGUAAUUUGUAUAAUCCCAUUAACUAUUAAUUAAGUAAACUUUUUUUAAAACAAAAAGCUUAUAAAUAUACUUUUAUGUUUCACAAGAUCUAAAGUAAACAGAUUUCUUAAAUUAGAGCACUUAGUAAAAUUGAAUAUUGUUUUGAAUUUCUUAUUCAGAAGUAUUAUUUGGUGUGCUGACAUAAGUGCUAGCUGUUCAGAAGUGCAACAUGAAGUAAUUAAAAAUUAAACCAACUUUCUGAUUUUAGUUCAUUCAUCAACAAACUAUAUUUCAUUGUAAUUCUUCCUUGUUGUAAGUAAACUCUUUUUUUACUUUUAUUUGCAAAUGUUAUAUUUUUCCGCUUAAAAUUUAACUAUCAAUAGUUGUCAGUGUUUUAGUUCUUUUACUUAGAUUCCAAAUCUUAGUGAUUUUAUUAUGUUUCAUUUUUAGAAACAGAUUCGUAAUGGGUUGGUUUAGUUUAGUUAGUUGUAUUAACGUUCCAUUUUAAAGCAACACUAGGGCUAUUUUGGGGCGGACCUCGUAAGUUUGAACCGCGCUCAGAUGACGAGAGCGACACUGAGCUGGCUACCCCCUUUCCACGCCACACCAGCGGGGGAUGUUUGGGCCAGACUGAUUUAACGUGCACCAGACCCGCUUACAUGGCGGUUCUUUGGUGGAAUCGGAUCUCGAACCUGAAACCCUCCAGUUCCGAAACCGAGAUCUUACCACCAGGCUAGUACUGGGUAAAUUAUUGACUACAAAUUGUUCCGAAAAAUGUAUACACACCUUGAAGAACUACUAUAAGAAGAAUCGAUUUGCAGAUGUAAAAGUUUAUGACUGACAUAAAUAUUAUGUUUUACUAAUUGUUUGAAAUAAUCAAAAUGUUAGUAAUUUUAUCCUGGCACUCUUAAUAAUGCUGAUAAAAAAACUUUCAAAUGCUGUAUCAUAAUUUCAGCUCAUGCUCUUCCAGUGGUUGUAUUUAGCGCAUUUAUAGUAUUAGUUAUAGUUAUUUCUUGACUGUAAACAUUGUUUUAAACACCCGCUCAAAAAGAAUCUGUGGCUGUCUUUAAUUCAUAGCUUGUAGUUAUUCUUUACUGUAAACAAUGUGUUUUGACUGUCCGUGUAAAAAGGAAUCCAUUGGGAGUUAGAUUUGAUGAGUGGUAGGGAAGAAUAAUGGUGUUUCUUCCUAUUCUUCACCAAGCUGUUUUCAUGAAAAUAAUUUGUUUAAUCCGUAGCUCAAAUUAAUUACAUGGUUUCUGAUAUUAAUUUUGAAUUAUAAAACUUAAGGUAUGUUUUAUUAACUUUCUCUUUAAUGAUUACUUAAGGUGUGUAUAAAUUUUUUUGGAAUAAUAUGUCGAUAAACAGUUUUUUUUAAACUUGUAUUCGUAAUAAAUAAAUGUUUUUGCAUUUUGUCAAGUAAUAAUAUAUUUUCAGAAUUGAUCUUUUAAUACUGUUAUUUUAUAAUAAAAGAACAGAAAUGGAUGUCGUUUAGCAUGUUAAUUGUAUUUUAGUAAUAAUCUUCCAGGAGAAUAUGUACUCACAUAUAUAGUGUUCCAUGUUUUUAGUACAAAAUUGUGCAUUACUCAUCAUGCGUGACAUACCUGUUUCUUCAUUUAGUGCUGGUCGAUUAAAUUGUAAAUAAAAUUGCAUAUUUGUAUUAUGUGUGUAAAAUAUUCAGCUUUAAUGAGAUUUAUAAAUAUUUUGUGUAAUAUCAGCUGCUUAACAUAGUAAAUAUCUUCCAAGUUUAAUAUAUGGCAGUACUGUUUAAA